AUAUCGUAUCGCUACACGGUGAGUAAUAUUUGACAAAUGGCUUUUAUUUGAACGUCGGCAGUCCAAUGAAAGCAUUAUUCGAGUAGACAACCCGUAGCUAAGUGGUCUGAUUGAGAUUUGCAAAAAUAUAUUUUUUUUCUAUAUCGCAAUGAAGCUCCUGAUUUAUUUUCUGAUACUUACCUCAAGCACUGCGAGUGUUUAUUCAGCCUGCAACCUGGGGAAUGGAGCCCGAGAGCAAGGUGAUCAGGAGCUGUACGUAUUGCACGCCAAAAAGGGCCCUGUCGAGGAACCGGUUAACAUGACACUAACUUUCUCCUUCGAAGUUAAUCCAGUGAUGAAUGAAGAGCUAACGUACUUCCAUAUCUACGGAUCGUUGACGAGUUGCGUUUUCACUUUUGAUAAUAAGCAAGAUCCUAAGAAAGGUUUCUGGAUGCUUUUAUCCAGUAUGGAACCAGUUACGGAACUUUCGGGAUAUGCUACUGUAUAUGGCUUUCGUCGAUAGUGUUUAUCGGGAGAAAAAUAUAUUUUUUUAAAACCUAAAAGAACUCAGCUCUAUAUUAUGAAUGCGCUCUUUCCAAAUCACAAUUUUCAAAAUGCGCUGGUGGUACAGGAAGCAACGUAUCGGUCUCGUAGUCCAAACGCUGUAUGCUCGAAUUUUAAUGGCUUUACACCGCAAGUAGGAAGAUCUCCAAAAAAGUUUAAAAAAAUUGAAUUUGGUGUGUUGAAUUCGUCUCGUAAGCAACUAUCACCAACUUUGGGCCAGUUAGACGCUAAAUCCACAGAAAUUGUUCGUCAGUUUAGAUUAAAUCUAGAGAAAAUUUUCAAUAGGACGUAAGUAACAUUGAGAGCCUCUCUUUGUUUACUUUCUCUUUCGUUUAUUACGACGUCUUUACAACACUUUGCACAAAUUUUCCAGUACAUAUCGAAAGCUGACGGUUUUUACUAGAAUAUUAUGCAAAGAGUAGAGUAGUAAAUGUUGAAAUGGCCGAGUAAUGAACAGAAGAGAAAGACCCCAAAGAGAAUCUCUCAUUAUUACUUACGUCCUAUUCUAAAUUUUCUCUAGAAAUGUCUAACUGGUGCUAAUUUAAUCCCGGAUUAAAUGAUUUUUUAGUUGUUAGGCACGAAAGGGACUCAUGAGUCCCUUUUCAAACAUUACUAUAAAACUGAGUCGAAAAUUGCUGCAAAUACUGUAGUUGUAAUUGUAAAAAGUCGCUAGUCGAAAACAGUAAUUGUUCAAUAAAAAUUCUAGAUAACGCUGAUUUUAUGGACGGUAAACCUCAAGCGGUAGAGUUCAGAUCGCAGUAGCCAUAGGUACAAAUUAGACGCGAUUUUUUUGCUCUCGUAAAAAAAUUCCAAUAACAUCCAAAAUUGUUUCCCUUUUAAUUUUGUUCGAACAGUGGAACAUUCUCGUAGAAAUCAAAAUGCUAGAAAGGAUAUUGUGAAUAAAACCGUCGUGUUGAAAAAAAUUUGAUGAAAAGAAGAGAAAUCGUAGGUGAAAAUUGCGCUCUGGAAGAAAUGAUUAUUCCAGGUGGUUUAUAUUCAACAUGUGUAGUCAAGCAGCAUUGGAAGGGCAGAAGGUUUUUCCGGAAACGGCUCUAAACUAUUUAGAACAGCGUCAGCAGUAUGUUUGCUCUUGCAAACGGAUUUUGUUGUAGGUGGCAGUACCAAGAGCUUCUCAUGCGGAAUAAUUGGCUAGUCUGGAUUCGGAUCACCGCAAUUUCGCACUCGUCAAAUUUGGCCAACUAUGUCGGUGAGAUCGUUUUAAAUUAUUAUUGUUCAAAU